UUGAGGCCGCGACGUGCAGCGCUCAAGUUGACCAACAAGUGAAGAGGCAAACAAACCCAAAAGUAUCCAAAAUUAAAGCCAAAUUUCACUUUAUGCUUUUCGGGAUAAAAUCAAGUAAAGGCUCCAUUUGAUAACAAUGCAACGUCGCUUAUUGUUUGCGUUGGGCUUGUGCCUGCUCAUCAGUAGAACGCAGGCGCAGCUCAUUGGCGGCGAGGAGGAUGAGGAGGAGGAAGAAGAGGAAGAGGAGGAGGAGGAAAGCAUCGAAGAUGAGACGCCCGAGGAGAAGCUGCAACGUAAAAACAUUAAGCAAGACUCAAACCUAAGUGUGGAUAAAUUAAUUGCCAAGUACGGCUACCAGGCGGAAGUGCAUCAUGUGACCACAGACGAUGGCUACAUUCUAACAAUGCAUCGCAUACGGAAUUCGGGCGCCCAGCCCUUUUUGCUCCAGCAUGGACUCGUUGAUAGCUCGGCGGGAUUCGUUGUCAUGGGCCCCAAUGUGAGUCUGGCCUACUUGCUGGCCGACCACAACUAUGACGUUUGGCUAGGCAAUGCGCGUGGCAAUCGCUACUCCAGAAAUCACACAACCCUCGAUCCGGAUGCCUCCAAGUUCUGGGACUUCAGUUGGCAUGAAAUUGGCAUGUACGAUCUGCCAGCGAUGAUCGAUCAUGUGCUCAAGGUAACCGGCUAUAAGAAGCUGCAAUAUGCCGGCCAUUCCCAGGGCUGCACGGCCUUCUUUGUGAUGUGUUCCAUGCGACCGGCGUACAACGAGAAGAUCAUCUCCAUGCAAGCCAUGGCUCCUGCUGUCUAUGCCAAAGAAACCGAAGAUCAUCCUUACAUACGUGCCAUGAGUUUGUAUUUCAAUAGUCUGGUGGGCAGCUCCAUAACAGAGAUGUUUAAUGGUGAAUUUCGAUUUCUUUGUCGCAUGACCGAAGAAACGGAGCGACUUUGCAUUGAAGCAGUUUUUGGCAUUGUGGGACGCAAUUGGAACGAGUUCAACAGGAAAAUGUUUCCCGUUGUAUUGGGCCACUAUCCCGCAGGCGUGGCUGCCAAGCAAGUCAAGCACUUUAUACAAAUUAUCAAAACUGGCCGAUUCGCACCCUAUAGCUACAGUUCGAACAAGAAUAUGGUCUUGUACAGGGAGCAUGUGCCGCCGCGUUACAAUCUGAGCCUGGUGACGGUGCCGACAUUUGUGUAUUAUUCGAGCAACGAUCUGCUGUGUCAUCCGCACGAUGUGGAGGCCAUGUGCGAGGAUUUGGGCAAUGUGACAGGCAAGUAUCUGGUGCCGUUGAAGGAGUUCAAUCACAUGGACUUUCUCUGGGCGGUCGAUGUGCGAAAGCUGCUCUACAACCGAAUGCUGCAAGUGCUGGGCAAGCAGCCACAGGCCAAGGAUAUUGAGGGCGAGGCCAAGGGUCUAAGGAUACGAGGUCGAGCAAUUGGCCAAAAUGCGGCCAGAUAGCAUUUCGUAAUAUAUAAUACUUAUUUAUUUAUUUGCCUUUUCUUGUGUAGCUUUAAAUAUGGAAUAGAUAUUUGCAUAAAA